AUUCUGGGCACAGGUCCGUGGUGGAAAAAAGAGAAGGAAGAAGCAAACAGAAGAUUGGCCGUCGUUGAAGACUUUUUUAUGAUAGAAAAUUUUGGAGAGGCUUGGUGAUUAUGUCAUCAAAAUCCGCUUUUGUAGACCCACCCGCCCACUCAUUGCAUGCAACUAGGCCGGCAUUUGCAGGCAGGCACGCGGUUUUGUAGUCCAAUGAAUCUUUGAUUAGAUAGAGAUUCGACUCGGCUGCAACAACGCGCCUUCGUAAUCCGCAUCUGCCAUCAUCAUCUAUUGUGACAGUCGAUACAUCUAGAACAGAAAACGCCCCAGCGCCACAUCCAGUCCGAUAACCACAUCUUCAAAGAAACACAAACAUAUAAAAAGGUCGCCUCCAACAUGGACGCCCAGGCCAUCGAAGAGGCGAACCGCCUGCGCAUCGCCAUGGGCAUGAAGCCGCUGCCCGUCCCCGGCGCCGCAUCUACCCAGUCGCAGGCCGCGCCCGUCGACGAAGACCCCUCGGCCACCUUUGACGGCCGGCAGGCGCAGGCAUACGACAACUACAGGAAGCUGCAGGAGGCCGAGGCCGCCAAGCGGAAGCGCGAGGAGCGGGCGGCGGCCGUCAAGAAGGCCCGUGAAGUUGCUCAGCGCUACGUCCAACUGGAAGGCAAGGGUCUGGGAGAAGAGGAUGACGAGGGCGACUUGGAUGCAAAGGCGUGGCUGAAGAGCCAGAAGAAGAGGCAGAAGAAGAUCGACCAGCUGAGAAAGGCCGAGGAGGAAAAGGAGAGGAAGGCGGCCGCUGCUGCCAAGGAGCAUUUGGCUAGGGAUCUGGCUGGUGUUAAGGUCGGGCAUGACAUGUCGGCGCUUUUGGAAGAUGGGGAGCAGGUCUUGACGCUGAAAGAUACCACGGUCUUGGAGAAUGAGGAUGAGGGUGACGAGCUCGAGAAUAUCGACUUGAGGGCACAGGAGAAGCUCGACGAGAGGCUGCAACUCAAAAAGAAGAAGCCAGUGUACGAUCCAAACGACUUUGAUGAUACUGGCGAGCGCAGCAUCCUGGCGCAGUAUGACGACGACUAUGGCAAGAAGAAAAAGGCAUUCACCCUGGACGGCCAGGGAAGCAUAGCCGAGCUGGCUGAUAUUCUCGACACCGAGGCAAAUGAAAAGGCCAAGGUGGAAAGUCUCAGUCUUGAUAUUCUUACUGCACCCGCCUCUGACUAUCUCGACAUAUCCGAGAUUAAAGUCAAGAAGCCAAAAAAGAAAAAGUCCAAAUCCACUCGCAAACGAGCGGCAGAUGAUGAGGACGCGUUAUUACCAGCAGAAACUGCAGAUAUUGAAGCCGAUGGCAUGGUAAUAGAUUCAGAACCGAUAGUCCCUAAGAAGAGAAAGACCAUCGGCGACGCAAUCGAUGACGACGACGACCUGCAGGCAUCUCUGGCGGCGCAAAGACGCGAAGCCUUGAAAAACAGGAAGCGUAUGCGACCCGAAGAUCUCGCAAGGCAGCUCAAGGAGGAAGCACAAACGCCAGAACCGGAAACAGCAACGACCGGCGGCGGUCUCGUGAUAGACGAGAUAUCAGAGUUUGUCGGGGCUCUCCAGAAGCGCACUGAUGAUGAUGAACGGAAACCCAGGCGACCUGUGGAGCCACAGUCUAUCACGGCCAUGGACGCAGACUCGGACGACGAGGAUGUGGAGAUGGCAAACGUCAAGGAGGAAUCCGCCGAGCCGCAAACGCAAAACCUAGACGACCUAACCACGAUAGGAGUUGAAGAGGAAAAGUCUAUUUCCAAGGGUAUGGGUGCUGCGCUGGCGCUCCUGCGGGAGCGUGGCCUCGUAAAAGAAUCGAAUGGGGCUUCGCUCAACGAGCGCGACCGUCGGCAUGCACAGUUCCUGGCAGAGAAAAACCGACGCCUAGCCAAGAUUGAAGAGGACGCCCGAAGGCAGCGUGAGCGUGACCGGACCAGCGGGCUGCUGGACAGGAUGACGCAACGCGAAAAGGAGGAAUACGCCAGGAAGCAAAACAUACAGCGCGAGUACCAGACGUCGCGAGUGCUCAACGAGAUGUUCCAACGGGACUACACACCCAACUUUGAGAUCAAGUACACGGACGACCACGGGCGCAACCUCGACACAAAGGAGGCAUUCAAGCACAUGAGUCACCAGUUUCACGGCAAGGGGAGCGGUAAGGGCAAGACAGACAAGCUGCUCAAGAAGAUCGAGGCGGACAAGAAGCGUGAGGCGGCCAGCAUCCUCGACGACAGCCAGAAUGCGGGCUUGGGCCCGUCAUCGGACCAGCAGCUCAAGAAGAGGAAGGAGGCUGGCGUGAGGCUUGCUUGAAGCGUUGUAUAGGAUUUUAUAUCAAUGGAGUAACACUAAAAGGGGGGUUUAGGAUUCCAAACUGAGCCGCCGGGCUCUCUCGUGACCGGUCACGUCUAUUGAUAGUUUGUCUAAUCUUACCAAAGCGUUGAUGCCACCGGGC